GCCGUUUGCUAUUCAGCCGCAGACUGUCGUUAGUAGCGCAGGACUGACUCUGGUUUUGAUCUAGAUUCGCUCUCUGGAGACGGCUUAAAGAACACUCUGGACCGUUUGAAUGGACAAAUAAGGGGCACCGGCGGGAUGGACAUCACAAGCCGCUGCACCCUGGGCGACCCCAACAAGCUGCCGGAGGGCGUGCCGCAGCCAGCGCGCAUGCCCUAUGUGUCGGACAAGCACCCACGGCAAACCCUGGAGGUGAUCAACUUGCUGCGUAAGCACCGCGAACUGUGCGACGUUGUGCUGGUGGUGGGUGCCAAGAAGAUCUACGCGCACCGUGUCAUUCUCUCCGCCUGCAGCCCCUACUUCAGGGCCAUGUUUACCGGCGAGCUGGCUGAGAGCCGCCAGACCGAGGUGGUGAUCCGCGACAUCGACGAGCGCGCCAUGGAGCUGCUCAUUGACUUCGCCUACACUUCUCAGGUGACCGUGGAGGAGGGCAACGUCCAGACCCUGCUGCCCGCCGCCUGCCUGCUGCAGCUGGCUGAAAUCCAGGAAGCGUGCUGCGAGUUCCUUAAGCGCCAACUCGACCCGUCCAACUGCCUGGGCAUCCGGGCUUUUGCCGACACGCAUUCAUGCCGAGAGCUGUUGAGAAUCGCUGACAAGUUCACCCAGCACAACUUUCAGGAGGUCAUGGAGAGCGAAGAGUUCAUGCUGCUCCCAGCCAAUCAGCUGAUAGACAUCAUUUCGAGUGAUGAGCUGAACGUGCGCAGUGAGGAGCAGGUGUUCAACGCAGUCAUGGCCUGGGUCAAAUACAGCAUCCAAGAGCGGCGACCUCAGCUGCCCCAGGUCCUUCAGCAUGUCCGCCUGCCCUUGCUAAGCCCCAAGUUCCUUGUGGGAACAGUGGGAUCAGAUCCACUGAUUAAGAGCGAUGAGGAGUGUAGGGACCUGGUGGACGAAGCAAAGAACUACCUUCUGCUUCCUCAAGAACGCCCACUCAUGCAAGGACCUCGUACCCGACCCCGCAAGCCCAUCCGCUGCGGAGAGGUGUUGUUUGCUGUAGGAGGAUGGUGCAGUGGUGAUGCCAUCUCGAGUGUAGAACGCUAUGACCCCCAGACCAACGAGUGGCGCAUGGUGGCGUCCAUGAGCAAGAGACGCUGUGGAGUCGGCGUCAGCGUCCUGGACGAUCUGCUGUAUGCUGUGGGCGGCCAUGACGGCUCUUCUUACCUGAACAGUGUAGAGAGGUAUGACCCCAAGACUAACCAGUGGAGCAGUGAUGUGGCUCCCACCAGCACAUGCAGAACCAGUGUGGGUGUCGCUGUAUUAGGAGGUUACUUGUAUGCAGUAGGUGGACAGGACGGAGUCUCAUGUCUUAACAUAGUUGAAAGAUAUGACCCUAAAGAGAAUAAAUGGACACGGGUGGCAUCUAUGAGCACGCGGCGUUUGGGAGUGGCCGUCGCCGUUCUUGGAGGAUUCCUCUACGCAGUGGGAGGAUCAGAUGGCACCUCCCCUUUAAAUACAGUGGAGAGGUAUAACCCUCAAGAAAACCGCUGGCACACAGUAUCACCAAUGGGCACGCGACGGAAACAUUUGGGCUGCGCCGUCUACCAGGACAUGAUCUACUCGGUCGGAGGCCGAGACGACACCACAGAAUUGAGCAGCGCUGAGCGAUACAACCCGAGAACCAAUCAGUGGUCUCCUGUGGUUGCCAUGACGUCCCGGCGGAGUGGGGUGGGUUUAGCUGUGGUGAACGGCCAGUUGAUGGCGGUUGGUGGAUUUGAUGGCACCACUUACUUGAAGACAAUAGAAGUGUACGAUCCUGACGCCAACACGUGGAGGCAUUACGGUGGAAUGAACUACAGGAGAUUAGGAGGCGGAGUCGGCGUUAUAAAAAUGACUCACUGUGAAUCACAUAUAUGGUAACGCCCUCCUCCGACCCCUCACAGAUGCCUCACUAUUGCUUGUGCCUCUCAUUUGAGACAUUAAGAAGGAAAAAAAAAGACUCCAUUGUGUAAGACUUUUGCUUCACAUCUCAAGCCAAUGAGAUCAUCAUGGAGAGGUUGAACAUCUGCGGCUCCCUUGUCCCGUGAAGACUUCCACGUUCAGGGCUGGAUUUCAUCGCUCUUUCAUAGGACCUGCACACAGUUAAAGGCUCACGUCUAUACGAGAGAGACAGGCAGAGCGAGGACUCUCACUGCAGCAGCAUGGUCCUGUCAAACAAGAAAAAAAAAGUCACAUGUUAAAAGUACACUUCCCUGGAAGGAUCUGUACUGCCUAGUAUUUGUGAUUCAUAAUUUUUUUUUUUCUUUUUUAGGGAUGGGGUGCAGUGGUCAAAUAUAAGCUCAUACUUUGCCAGGUAGCAUCACAGCCUCAUGCUCAUGUGGACAGUAGCUUGUCUAAAAGGUGUUUUAAUUUAAUCUUAUCAACUGGAUGCACUGUGAUGAUUUUUUUUUUUUUGUCUUUUGUGUAGACAUUUUUUUCUUUCCUAAAUAACCUUCCCCCUGUCAGCCAUGGAUUGAACAAAGCAUGGUAUAGUGGUGCAUAUGAAAGCAGUAGAAGCAAUAGAAGCCUUUCUAGUUUCUUGAAGGUGCAAAUAUGGAUAAAGGUGCAUGCAAGUCAGUUUUCAAAAGUGGUUUCCACCAUUUCAACAUUAUUAUUAUUAUUUUUUUUACUUUAAUGUCAUAUGAUGCAUCAGUCUGUGCACUUUAAUCCAAGAUUGUUUUUUUGGGUCACUGUUUUGUUUCGAACACAGCGAGACAAUAUUGACAUUUAAAAAUUUUGGUGGAUUUAUUAUGCAUUUAUAUUUUGAGUUUGUUACACAUGCUGGUUGAUUAUUAUUAUUUUCCCCCCAGAGAAGCUAAAAUAAAAUGGUUUCCAGUCUCGGGCUGUACAUGCUCUGUGUUGAAAUGUUGAUUUACUUAAUAAAAGGGAUGCAUUUUGACCUCUUGAACUGUUUA